CUGAAGAAAGGUAAGUGAAAAGGAGAGGAAUGUAACAACUGGAGAGCAGAUAGUGGAUUAACAUUAGUACAGAGACAGAGCACUGAGGCUGACAUUUCCUUCAGCCCUUACAGCAGCUUUAGAUUGGUUUGCUAUGGCGCUGCCAGCAGCCUUUCUCUCUGAAGACCAGUUCACCUGCUCCAUUUGUCUCGAAGUGUUCAACAACCCAAUCUCAACACCAUGUGGCCACAGCUUCUGCCAAGCCUGUAUCUCCUGCUAUUGGGAUGGAGGAGACGGUGCCAAGGGCUACCAGUGUCCCCUCUGCAAGGAGUCAUUCCGCCAGCGCCCGGAGCUCCAUGUCAACCGAACCCUGAAGGAAAUCACUGAACAGUUCAAGCAGCUGUCCACUGCGGAAGUGCCAAUGGGUGGACGAGGUGGAGGUGGAGGAGGAGUGGAGAUUACAAACUCACGUCCACACCCUGAUCUCCACCUGGCCCUUUCUGCAACCCAAAGGCCAGGAGAGAUGCCGCAGACCAUCUUUGCUGAGAUGAUAUCUCGUUUUCAGCAGAUUACGAGUCCUGGGUCUCCUCCCCCCUACCCCAGUAACCCUCAACGACAAAGCCUGAACAGUGAUCGCCUGGACCCGCCUCCUCCCUACUCACCUUCGCGCAGGUACACUCUGAGCGGUGCCUGUGACUCUUCCAUCAAUCUGCCACCGUGUUCCAUCCACGCCAGAGGCCUGGAGUUCUUCUGUCAUACCGACAACACCUGCGUGUGCCGUCUGUGUGUGGAGACAGGAGAGCACCAAGGACACCACGUCAGCCCUGCCAGGAGAGAGUGGCAGAUCAAGAAGUCCCAGUUAGGCAACGCAGAGCUGGAGCUGAAGGAUCUCAUCUGUGUGAGAGAGAGGAAGGUGGUGGACAUACAAAACUCUUUACUAGAAAUACAGGCUGCUGCUGAGAGGGAGACAGAUGGAACAGUGUCUGUGUUCACCAAGCUGAUCACCAGUUUGGAGUGGUGCCAAGCAGAAGUCUUGGAGGUGGUGGAGAUGAAUCGGCGCGCAGCUGAGCACAGAGCUCAGGGCCUGCUGAGGGAGCUGGAGGAGGAGAUCGCUGAGCUGAAGAGGAGGAGUUCAUCUCUGAGCCAGCUGGCUCUGUCAGAUGACCACAUUAUGUGUCUCAGGAAAUUCCCUGUCCUCUCCAAACCUCCACAUGCUAAGGACUGGUCCAUUGUCUGUGUACAAUCUGAGCUGACCACAGGGAUCAUUCUCAGGACGGUCAAUCAAAUGAUGGAGCGCUUUGGAGAAGAGAUUCAGAAACUACCAAAAGCCUGCCAGCAUGCCUUAUUGGACCCGUCUGUACCCAGGUCGGAGCCAAAGAGGAGAGUUCAAGAAUAUGCAGCCAACAUCACUUUAGACGCCAGCACAGCACACCAACGUCUCAUCAUCUCAGAAGAUGGAAAGCAGGUGCACUGUGGAGAACGCAAUCAGCCAGUACCCAACAACCCGGAGCGCUUUGACCGGGUGGUGUGUGUGCUCGCCCACCAGGGCUUCAACUCAGGGCGCCAUUACUGGGAGGUGGAGGUAGGGGAAAAGACUGAUUGGGACCUGGGAGUUGCAAGUCGCUCUGUGAACCGAAAGGGCAAAAUCACCGUAAGCCCCGCCCAUGGCUAUUGGUUCCUCAGCCUGCGGGAUCAGACCGAGUACGCCUUCCGAUCAGAACCCUCAACCAGCUUGACAGUCGGCUUGAGACCCUGCAGGAUUGGAAUCUUUGUGGACUAUGAUAAGGGACUAUUGUCCUUCUACAACGUGGAGGCCAGAGUGCUCAUCUAUACUUUCUCAGAUCAUUUUUCUGACACAAUCCAUGCAUUCUUCAGUCCCUGUACCAAUAAAUCAGGACGGAAUGAGGCUCCACUGACCAUUUGUCCUGUUGCAAAGACGGAAUGAAAUGAGCCACAAAGAGGACGUCUUUAUUAACCUUAUUUGUUGGAAGAAGAAUGAGAUACACAAACAUACCUCUAAAACAGUUGUGGUAACAUUUUUAUUGCUACAGAGCAGACGUUCCCAACCUUUUUAGUCCCAGUAAAAGAGAAGAUUUGAACUCUGUACAGUUACAUGAGUUAUUCAAAUCAAAUCCUCCACAUUUGAUUUGCCUGCUACAAAGUGGGCGAGUUCAGAAUGUACUCACCCUCUUUGUCUCUAAAAGAUGCAGAUUGAUUGAUAAAUGGAGAUCCUGAUAUUGGUUGAAAUGGCUUGAUACUGGCUUAGAUAAAUGUGUUAGUUUUACAGGAAGAAAAUCAUCAUCAUAAUCAAAGAUCAUUAUUUAUUUAUUAUUUAAAUAUAAUGUAUGUAGGUGCAGGAUAUGAGGGGAAAUGUGAUCUAAUAGGCUUAAUUUCAUCUCCACUUAAUCAACCCAUUUUCUAUCAUUGAUCAAUUGAAUAAGUUACAUGUUUUAUGGAUAUGUUGUGUUAUACUUAAUACAACAAUGUUGAAAUAAAGAUAACCGUUAAAUUUAAUAAUAGCUUUGCGAGCAGAAAAUGUUGUUCCAAAUGAGUUAUCUUGUCAUUUUUAGGAAUAUUUAUACAGUCGUCUGACUUAAUGUGUUUUUGUCUUCUUCUUUUUUAGCAAAUAGAGCCUGUGUUCACAUCCACUGUUUGUCAGAAAUAAUAACCCAACCAUUCAAAAUAGCAAUUUCAUUCAAAUGUCUUCAUAGAGAAAUGAAUGAAAUGCUGGGACUCAAAUCAAGAUCUCCAGCAAACACUUACUGUGUGUGAGUGUAGUCGGGGAUCGGGACCCCCAGGUUGGGGAUGUGUAGAGAUGGUUCAGGAUUUUUGGCAUAGUCAUUAAGGAUAUUGUAGCUAAUGGUCAGUCAGAUUUGGUAUAAUAACAUCCGGACCGUAACAAUGCUCUGUAAACUAAGCAUAAUGACUACUACUACUUUAAAAUGUAAUUUUGCCCCUGCAGUGGUCCUGCGGUAAACCUGGCUUACUAAUUGCAAUUAUUUGUAUCAUUUCUGUUACAGGAAUUGAAUGUAUUGUACAUCUUUUACAUUGCUCAUUCUGUGCACAUGACAUCCAUUGAAGUCUGUCCAUCCUGAUAGAGGGUUCCCUCCUCUGACACUCACUGAGGUUUCUUCCCUUUUUCCCCUGUAAAGCCCUCUGAGGCAAAUUUGUAAUUUGCGAUUUUGGGCUAUACAAAAUAAAAUGAAUUGUAUUGAAUUGAAUUGUCCAAGUUAGUUUCUGAAUAAAUCACAUUUGAGGCGGUAAAUUUUAAUUUAUUAAUAACCUGCAUCAGUAAGUGAUUUUUUUCUUCCUUAUUUCGGAUUCUCCAAAAGAAUUAGGGAUUUUACCUUGAAUUAGUGGUUGACAAGUUGUACAAUUUUAAUUCCAAUAAAUUACAAAACUGAACGGUUCAUGUGAGCUUGAAGAACAAUCUUAGGUCCGCCCCCAAUGAUCAUAUUGGUUGAGAAGCAUGAUAAUGCCCCUCCCAAACAACGCUUAUUGUUGGAAUGCAUUGAUGCAACUCAAUCGCCCACUCCCUCACCCAAUACCAUCAUUUCAAAAUAAAAGCUGCAAUGAUUAUCUGUAAUUUAACCAUGAAGUUUAAGAUAAAGCUGUUUCAUUGAAUACUUAUUGCUCUUUCAAAUAGUACUACAACCACUUUUGCCACCACUAUACUUCUACUAGUACUUCUACACCCUAAAAAAUCGCUGUGAUAUCCACAGUUAUUUACUGUGUUUGUGAGCAG